UGUGAGCAGGAGUGGAGCCCCAGUCUGGGGCAGGAGGACCCAGAGCCCACACAGAUUAAAGAGGAACAGGAGGAACUUGAGACCAGUCAGGAGGAAGAGGGGCUUCAAGGGCUCUUAGAUACCAAAGACUCCAUAUUCACUCCUUCCUGUGUGAAAAGUGAAUGUGAUCAGGAGGACCCACUUCACGAAGCCGUACUAACUGAUUACCCCCCUCUCAGUCGACUGAAAAUGUCAAAACUACAGUCGUUUCAUGUGUUUUUAAAUGAGCGUUUAACGGCGUCUGCUGCUGUGGAGAUUUUCGGGGCAGUUGAGAAAACGGUAGCGGAGUACCAGGAGGAGAAUGAUUGGCUAAGGAGACUGCUGCGGAUCAAACCGGAGAUAAAAUUAUGUAGAAUAGACUCCCUCCAGUCCUCUCUCGCUGUCUCUGGAGAGGAGGUUCCCCCUGAGCAGCAGCACUGUGAGCAGGAGUGGAGCCCCAGUCUGGAGCAGGAGGACCCAGAGCCCACACAGAUUAAAGAGGAACAGGAGGAACUUGAGACCAGUCAGGAGGAAGAGCGGCUUCAAGGGCUCUUAGAUACCAAAGACUCCAUAUUCACUCCUUCCUGUGUGAAAAGUGAAUGUGAUCAGGAGGACCCACUUUGGUCCUUGACUCUUCCCCAAACCCAGACUGUGGAGAACAGAGAGAGUGACUCUAAACCAGUAGAUCUUAAACCUUUUGGCACUUUGACUCAUCUAAAGGGUCUCAACAUUCCCUGUGACCCUCCAGAUAAUCAAAACAAUGUCUCUAGCCACAGCUCAGCCGUAAGCAGUGACCCAGUAGGACUGGACAACAGCCCACCAUUGGAUCACAACCCACCAUUGGAUCACAACCCACCAUUGGAUCCCAGCCCACCAUUGCAGAAACAUUGUUUGAAACCCAGCAUCACAUCUAGAAAAAUUCACAGCUGCCAUGACUGUGGUGAAACAUUUGAUUUGAAAGCUGACAUGCAGAGACAUGUGACUCUCACCAAGAAGAGACCCAUUGAAUGCCACAAAAAAUGCUACAACUCCACCUGUAAACGGAAUCCCGUGGAGAAAUCCUGUACCUGCCCCGUUUGUUGCAAGACCUUGAAUUACAAAAGAUAUCUGUCCAAGCACAUAAAGAAUCACACAGGAGAGAAACCAUUUAGCUGUGGUGACUGUGGGAAAAGCUUCAAUCGAAGGUGGAACCUAACCAUGCACGAACUGACUCACACAGUUGAGAAACCAUUUAGUUGUGGUGACUGUGGGAUAAGCUUCAAACGGAAGGGGCACCUAACCAGGCAUAAACUGAUUCACACAGGUGAGAAACGUUUUAGCUGUGAUGACUGUGGGAUAAGCUUCAGUCUCAAGGAUAACUUAACCAGGCAUAAACUGAUUCACACAGGAGAGAAAUCUUUACGCUGUGAUGACUGUGGGAAAAGCUUCAGUUUCAAGAAGAAUCUAACAAUGCAUAAACUGAUUCACACAGGAGAGAACCCAUUUAGCUGUAAUGACUGUGGGGAAAGCUUCAGUCUCAUGAAGAAUCUAUCCAUGCAUAAACUGAUUCACACAGGAGAGAACCCAUUUAGCUGUGAUGACUGUGGGAUUAGCUUCAGUCUCAAAAAGAACUUAGUCAGGCAUAAACGGAUUCACACAGGAGAGAAACCAUAUAGCUGUGAUGACUGCGGGAAAAGCUUCAGUCGGAAAGGAGACCUAGGGAAGCAUGUACGGACUCACACAGGAGAGAAACCAUUUAUCUGUGGUGAUUGCGGGAAAAGCUUCAGUCAGAAUGGAGACCUACGGAAGCAUGAACGGAUUCACACAGGAGAGAAACAAUUUAGCUGUGGUGAUUGUGGGAAGUGCUUCAAUCAGAAGGGAAACCUAACCAAUCAUAUUCGGACUCACACAGGAGAGAAACCGUUUAGCUGUGGUGACUGUGGGAAAAGCUUCAAUGUCAGGGGGAACCUAAAUGCUCAUAAACUGACUCACACAGAAGAGAAACAACAUGGCCGCUCAGUCUGGUGAAAGUUUCACUAAGAAGACUAAUCUGCUGAACAUUUUAACAUUUUAAAAGCAUGUAAAAACAACAUCCACAAAGAAAGAAAACAAGACAAAUAAAGAAAUGUUGUACACAGACACAGAGAGUGGACUAAGCAGAGAAAAAUGGCAUUGUGAGUGCAGCUGAACGCUUUUUGAGACUCAGUGAUUUUACAGCAGAGGCCUUGGAAUGUUCCGCCCUCACAGGCCCCUGAGUCUGUAGGGAUGUGAUUUGAAUUGGAAUGUGAGAAGUGGGAUGGUUUUUUAAUGUCUUUUUUUUUUACUGUCGUUUUUUCUAUUGUUCACUACCCUGUAAAGUAGCUGGCAGCAAUAUACAGUGCGUUCGGAAAGUAUUCAGACCUCUUGACUUUUCCACAUUUUGUUACGUUACA